CCAACCACUCCAUGCCUCCCACGCUCCCCCCGAUUCUCAGCCAGUCGGGCGGGCUACUCGGCUGCCAUUCCGUUCCAUCCAUUGGCUAUUUGGCUCCCUUCGCUCAGUCCAGUUUCUCCCCCACUCCUCAUCACUCUGCGUGCUCUGCCUGCUCCAAUCAGCGCCGGGUCCAGCCAAUGACGGCCGGCGCGGCUCUGGCCGCCGUGCUGGCGCUGUCGUGCUUGGCGGUGUCCGCGGCCGGCGCGGCUGCGACGGCGGAGGCGGAGGCGGACCGCAUCGCGAGCCUGCCGGGGCAGCCGCCGGUCAACUUCUCCAUGUACUCCGGGUACGUCACCGUGGACGCGGCCGCGGGGCGGGCGCUCUUCUACUGGCUCAUCGAGGCGGCCGGCGCGCCCGCGGAGUCCGCACCGCUCGUGCUCUGGCUCAACGGCGGGCCCGGGUGCUCCUCCGUCGGCUACGGCGCGUCCGAGGAGCUCGGCGCCUUCCGGAUCAACGCCGACGGCAGGUCGCUCUCCAGGAACCGCUACCCCUGGAACAAAGUGGCGAACAUGCUGUUCCUGGACUCGCCGGCCGGCGUCGGCUACUCCUACUCCAACACCACCGCCGAUCUGUACACCGCCGGUGACAACAAGACAGCUCAUGAUUCGUACAAUUUCUUGGUGAAUUGGUUGGAGCGGUUUCCGCAGUACAAGCAUCGUGAUUUCUACAUCACGGGAGAGAGCUACGCAGGUCACUACGUGCCUCAGCUGUCUCAGCUAGUAUACCGGAACAACAAAGGAAUUAGAAAGCCAAUCCUGAACUUCAAAGGCUUCAUGGUCGGAAAUGCGGUAAUUGACGACUACCAUGACUACAUGGGCACAUUUGAGUACUGGUGGACGCAUGGGCUUAUCUCUGAUGAAACCUAUGAGAACUUGCGAUUAGCCUGUGAGUUUGAUUCAGCUGAGCACCCCUCUAAGAAAUGCGACAAGAUCUACGGUAUCGCAGAGGCUGAGCAAGGGAAUAUUGAUGCUUACAGCAUCUACACCCCUACUUGUAAGAAGGCUUCUCUUCACAAGCGCAGGCUGAUAAGGGGAAGAAUGCCGUGGUUGCCGAGAGGAUAUGAUCCCUGCACCGAGAACUACGCAACAAAGUACUACAACUUACCUGAGGUGCAGGAAGCUUUGCAUGCCAAUGUCACUGGAAUACCAUAUGCCUGGGUAGCCUGCAGUGAUCCAAUUUUUGACUACUGGAAAGAUUCACCGAAGUCCAUGCUUCCUAUUUAUCGUGAACUUAUUGCUGCAGGCAUAAGGAUAUGGGUCUUCAGUGGUGAUGCUGAUUCUGUUGUCCCCCUCACCGCGACAAGAUACUCCAUCGAUGCGCUCUCUCUACCAACCGUCACAAACUGGUACCCUUGGUAUGACCAUGAAGAGGUUGCUGGAUGGUGCCAAGUUUACAAGGGUUUGACGCUGGUGACGAUCCGCGGUGCGGGGCACGAGGUUCCCCUGCACCGUCCGCGGCAAGGCCUUAAGCUCUUUGAGCACUUCCUGCGCGACGAGCCCAUGCCCAAUCCUGUAGAUAGCAUUCAGACGUUUUAGAAUGUGUUAUCUCGCUUGUCGAAGAACAGGAUGCGAACCUGUGAAAAAAAAUUACUAAUUUGUCUCAAAAAAAUUUCAAUAAUCAGGAUAGAAUAAUGCUUGUUGAAGUGGACGGGGCAGUUCUUUGCUUUUUCGGAUUUCUUGUGUACCCAAAGAUGGCAAUAGUUUGUUCAAAAUAAAAACAAAGAAAAGAAAAGAUGGAAAUG